AGAGAUUGGACUUUACACGCUGAGAGAAGACGAGAAGGUGAGAAGACGAGAAGAGAGAUCAAAGACACAUGGACACUAUUAGAAGAUCACUGCUGAGACAGCCUUCCUCCUCCUCCUGCUCUAUCUAUCAUCGUCACUCAGUAGGAGGGGCUGAGGGUAACGAGGUAGGUGGGAUUGAGUUGAAGCUCGACCAACCAGAGUCCGAGGAGGAGCUGGAAGCGGAGCCUAAAGGUGACAUCACUGCCUUGGUGUUACGGCAACCGCUGCAUCACAGGAAGACCGUCAUCUACCUAUGUCUCUCAACACUCAUAUUCACUACAGUGUGUGACUGCCAGAGGAUCCAGAGGAACUCUCUAUGGAUGGUGGAUUCACAGGGAGAGGUGUUGGAGGAGAUUCCUCUGGAAGAUCCAGACUCCUACUGUGCCUACAGCGCUAUUGGCACCGCCACGGGGGGCGUGGUGUAUGUCAAUUACGGCCGCCAGGAGGAUUUUGACUGGCUGCAGUCUGCGGGAGUGUCUGUGGUUGGCUGCGUUGUAGUGAUGCGUGUGGGGGGCGGGGUUAGUUAUGCUGAGAAGGUGCUAUUGGCUCAGAAGGCUGGAGCAGGCGGAGCCUUGAUCUAUCCAGAUCCUGCUGACAUCCCUCAGGACCCUCGACGCCUGGGGUUGAACAGUUACACCGCUAUAUCAGAACAUGUCCAUCUGGGAUCAGGUGACCCCUUCACCCCUGGCUUCCCCUCCUUCAACCACACCCAGUUCCCGCCCACACAGUCCUCUGGCCUGCCUGUCAUCCCUGCUCAGCCAAUCAGUGCCAACGUAGCCUCCAAGCUACUCAGUCAGUUGACCGGUCCAGUGUGCCCGCGCGGUUGGCAGGGCCGGCUGCCAUACGUCCGUUGUGUCCUGGGGCGGGGCUUCACCUCUGCAGACGGCAGGAGGAUCAGGAUGGGGGUCUACAACACCAUGACUCCUGUUCUACUGAACAACAUCUUCUCUUCUCUGGAGGGAAGGAUAGAACCUGACCAGUACAUUAUAAUGGGGGCCCAGAGAGAUGCGUGGGGGCCGGGGGCGGUGAAGGCCGGGGUUGGAACAGCCAUCCUACUGGAGCUGGCUCGGACCUUCAGUAACAUGGUGCAGAACGGUUUCUACCCCAGGAGGAGUCUGUUGUUUGUCAGUUGGGACGCUGGAGACUUUGGGAACGUUGGUGCCACAGAGUGGUUGGAGGGUUACCUGUCCAUGCUACACCUGAAGGCUGUGGCGUACUUCAGUCUGGACCAGGCGGUUAUGGGUGAUGAUAACCUGUCGGCCUACACUAGUCCUCUACUGCUUGAUCUAAUAGAAUCAGCCAUCAAACAGGUGGAGCAUCCUAAACACACAGGCCAGACCAUCUACAGCCAGGCAGAGAAAGAGGGGGGCAGCUGGAAGAUUAUUAAGCCAUUGUACCUGAACAGCGGGGCAUAUAGUUUCACAGCCUUUGGAGGAGUUCCUGCUAUGGAGCUACGCUUCAAUGAGGACUCCCGCCCCUACCCGUUUGUCAACACCCCAUUGGACACCUCCGGGCGACUCCAGGAAGUCCUGGGGGGUCGUCUAGGGGUCGUAGGGCGGAGCCUAGGAGAGCUGGUUGGUCUGAUGGUGCUGCGAUUGGCUCACGACCACAUCCUGCCUCUACGCAUCACUACCUACUCCCAUACUGCACUGCAGUUCAGCGCCCAGCUCAACAAGCACUCUGCCGAGCUACAGGCUCGUGGUCUCUCUCCUCAGUGGGUGUUCAGUGCUAGAGGAGACUACAGCAGAGCAGCUGAGACCCUGCAGGAGGCCAUACUGAACUCCGAUGUACAGGACGAGACUAUGACACGUAUCUACAAUACACGCAUGAUGAGGGUAGAGUACUACUUCCUGUCCCAGUACGUGUCUGUGGUUGAGACUCCGUUCCGUCACGUUAUGCACGGUCGGGGGGAACACACUCUGAGUGCUCUCACCGAACACCUUUCUCUACUGACCUCCGACCCCAGGCACUUCAACGAGGCCCUUUUCCGACGGCAACUAGCCCUGUUCACCUGGACAUUGCAGGGAGCCGCCAACGCUCUGAGUGGAGACAUUUGGAACAUAGACAAUGUCUUCUAACAUAAACACAUGUAGAGAUGUAUACACACACACACACACACACACACACACACACACACACACACACACACACACACACACACACACACACACACACACACACACACACACACACACACACACA